UUUCCAACCUUUGCCCCUCCAUUUUUUAUAGCUUAUUUUCUCCAUUUCUAUCAGUGUAAAAGUCACCUUGACCCCGUUAUAUCGCCCCCCGGCUCUCCCACUUUUACUUUUAUUGCCUCAGUCGCGUUCCAGCCACAACAAACAAACAAUAAUCGUGUGAUAACACCGAUAAGUGAUUUUUUUAACCAAAAACAAAUUGUGGUUAUGUCUUCAACAGUGCAAAAGUAUUUCGAAAAAUACGGAAUGGCCGUUCUAGAAACGAUAGGUGCCGGUGUUUUAACCUACGGUUUAUUCUAUUUAAUGGCUCUGUGUUUCGUCGAUUGUGACCUAGAGCUAGCUUUCUACUCGAUAUUUGGGAAGUCCCCACGAAAACUGAAGGGCAAAGUGGUCUUCAUCACAGGCGCCUCCAGCGGCAUUGGCGAACACACGGCCAAAGCCCUAGCCAAACACGGCGUCCGCCUAGUGCUCACCGCUCGACGCCAAAGCGAAUUAGAACGCGUUAAAAUUGAAUGCCUCCACCUAUCCAAAAACCAACUCUCUGAUAAAGACAUCCUGGUGAUCCCCUUCGACAUCACCGACUUGUCCGCCCACAAGCGGGUCUUCCAGCAGGCCUUGAACCACUUCGGCACCGUGCAUGUCCUGGUGAACAACGCGGGGCGCUCGCAGAGGGCCCUCUUCGAGUACAUUGACAUGUCCGUCGACAAGCAAAUGUUCGACUUGAACGUGUUCGCAGUCGUCAAUUUGACCAGAAUUGCAAUCAACCAUUUCAACGAGAAGGGCUCUGGUCAUGUCGCUGUGGUCUCGAGUCUUGCGGGGGUUUUCGGAGCCCCCUAUUCGGCCACUUACACGGCCACCAAACACGCAAUUCAUGGAUACUUUGAUGCCCUCAGGAUUGAGAAAAUGGACAAAAAUAUCGCAGUGACGCUCCUAUGUCCUGGGCCCACUCUGACUAAUUUUUUACAGGAGAGCUUCACAGAACGAGACGGUCAGAAAUACGGGAUUCCGGCCGAUAGGAAAGACAGGAGAAUGACAGGGGAGAGGUGUGGGCAAUUGUGUGCCAUUGCGUUGGCCAAUAGGACGCAAGAAUCCUGGAUGGGGCUCUUUCCCAUGAUGCCUUUCGUCUACACUGCUGUAUACUUCCCAACAAUUUCAAAAAUGGCUUUGGGUCUAUUGGGGCCCCGCCGACUAUUCAAAAUGAGAGACAGCAAAGAUAUUCAGUUUGAUCAGGGUAAGCGAAAACUAUGAAGUGGUGGUGGACUGCACAUUCUUUUGCUAACAUUUUUUCCUAUUUCUGCGACUAACAAAUGGCAAAAAAUUGAAUAACUGGUGGCGGUAUUACUUGGUUCUUGUAUUAUAUUUAACGUAAAUACUCCUCAAACUCGUUAGGUGUUAAGAAACGUGAUUUAUUUACCUACAUUUGUACAAUAAACGCCAAUUACAGUUG